CCGGCCACACCCACUCUGUCUGCUCGUAGCGGCUGAGAGGAGGAAGGAGAAGAAGAAGAAGAAGGAGAAGAAGGAGCAGGAGCAGGAUACAAACACCAUGCUGCUCUUCUCCAACUUUAAUUUCACACGCAGAAAAUUUCACGUCAGCAGAUAAUCCAACUGUCACGUCUCUCUCGGUGGAUUUUAUUGGAUAUUUCCGGACGUUUCUCUCGAUAUUUCUUCUUCAUUUUUGAAUCCCACCACCACCUACAACAUCAUCACCACCACCAACAGCGUCUGUGAGGAGAUUUAGGUAAGAUUCUGCAAGCAAACAUGUUGCAAAGCUUCAAUCAGUCGCAGGACUGGCUUUACUCUGAGCCGCUGCUUUUUGACGAUGAGUUCUGUCAGAGUUUGAUGAAGGACCUCCAGUCGCUACCGACGCCGCCGCAGUCCCCCCCGAUGAAGCCCGGGGUGGGAGGCAGUAAGCCGCUGUCCAAGGAGGACCAGCUGAGCUACGUGUCGGACAUCCUGCUGGAGGACCACGACAUGCAACUCAACUGGAACUGUGACUUCUUCCACUCCGACGCUGCUGAGAAGGAGGGCGAGUCCAGCCAGCCCUGCUCCCCGCUGGACGAGGGCGGCGAGGACUGCCUGUGGCAGUACCUGGCAACGGACAAGAGCCUGGAGGAGAAGCUGGUGUCCACCAUGCUGGGCUCCAGCCCACUGCUGUCUGACAUCAACACCAGCAUCUUUGAGGAGAUCGCCGGCUCCACGCUGGACUGCCAGAACCUGAUGGACACACAGGAGACCAGCGAGUCCACAUCGGACUACGGAUCCACCGGUGGAGAACUUUCAUCCAGUGACUCUGAGGAGGAGAUCGAUGUCGUGACGGUGGUCCGCUGUCCCUCCAGCCCCUCCCCUCUGCCCUCGCUGUCCGACCUGUCUGUCCGCCAGCAGAAGAAGGAAGAGGAGAGGCGAGCUCUUCAGCGCCACCACUUUGAGAUCCAGCUGCAACACAACUACGCCGCGCCCUGCCCCGCCUCGCCGCCGCCUUCGUCUUCCUCCAACAAGCGGUCGCGAGGUGGCGACAGCUCGUCGCGCUACCACCACUCGUCCCGCAGCUCGUCUUCAUCCUCGUCGUCAUCGUCCUCGUCGCGGUACCAUCACCACUCGUCCCGGAACUCGACGGAGACGGAGGAUGAGGAGGAGCGGAGGCGGACGCACAACGUGAUGGAGCGGCAGCGGCGCAACGAGCUGAAAAACUGCUUCAUGCGCCUGCGGGACAACGUGCCCGAGCUGUCGCACAACGACAAAGCGUCCAAGGUGGUGAUCCUGAAGAAGGCGCGGGACUGCAUCUACGGCCUGGAGGACGAGGGUCACAGACUGCAGUCCAAGAGGGACAAACUUAGAGCGAAACAGGAAGAGCUGAAAGCCCGACUGGAGCAGCUUCGAAGCUAAUGGACUACGACACCAGGGCUGCAUAUUUUUUAUGUUUUUUUUUUGUUUAGACCUGUAGAGACAAUGAGGGCGGGUGAGGGUGGAUAAGGGAAGAGACUUUGUACAAAGACGCGAGGGAUGGGUGGGGAUAAAGGAUGGCGUGUCGUGCUGAAGAAGAGCGCACAAAGUUUGACAUUUCAAGAACUUCACGGUAACAAUGUCUCUGGACUGUAUAACGAAACAUAGCGACUUUUAUGCCAUGGACAAACACAACACACUCAUUGCCUCAGAAUUGAUCAUUCUCAUGCCUUGACUGCUGACUGUUGUAGAGAGUAGGACGUCUUUAAGCGUUAAAACAAGGAGGGAGCAAGCAGAUUAUCUUUCUUAUUCUUUUUUUUUUUUUUUUUUCUUUCUGAGUUUUGGCUGGACGCACACUGAAAGACGAGAACCAACUUUUUGUUUUGGUUUCUUUCUUUUUUUUAUUCCCCCUCCCAUUUAAGGGAGGGGGAAUAAUGCCAAAUGACACCAGUUGGGUCAAAUAACUUGAAGCCACAUCAGCUGAGUAGCUGAAUGAAACUUGAAUAUUGUGUUUUUCAGGAUUGUCUUAUAGCCAUACUAACCAGUGAUCCCUCCACUCUGACAGGUGUGUGAUGGUGGCUUCCAAGUUAUUCGGUCAACUGCACCUCCGUCAGUUCCUGUUAAAUUCCAAACAUGAUGAUGAUUUUUAAUUUUAAGGAGUUUUUCAGUGUGCGUUCAGCCUCGUUUGGCCUCAGGCGGACCCUCGGGCCCACACCACUCUGUUAUCAGGUUAAUGACAGUACUGUAUAGACCAGGUUUGAUGCUGUACGUGUAACUGUGCUCGGCCUCGGUUCAGCUCGCCGCCGGCUCGCUCACUUCAGAGUAUGUGUGUGUUUUUUAUAGUUGAAACAAUAGUGAUAAUUGUGUGUCCAUUAAUAAAACUGUUCAAACUCAAAGGUAGCCAUAUUAAAGCAGCAUUCAGGUUUGAGGAGAACGAACCGGAGAGCGAACUGAACCGCGAGCUGAGCCGUCGUAGCAAAUCAGCCAAAGUCGGGACGAGAAUCCUCUGGAGAACGUUUUGAUGAAUGUUGGAAACGGAGCGACAGGCCGACGGUGUCCUGACACGUUGUUGUUUAAAUGGUUCUGGUUGGAGGAAGCUGCAGCACAGCGGCGAUACUGUGACAUGUUAAUUGUGUAGCUCAUAGAGCAGACGAUUUGCCAAGUAUAAAGAUAUUUUUUAACGAUUUUUAAUCCAGUGGAAAGUGCUCCAGUGUCGUCGUCGUUCAUUGGUCAGUGGCAUUCAAUCAAAAUGAGAUUUACAGUUUCUUUUCUCAACACCUGCUGAUGACAUUUGGAUUGAAUUCUUCCAAAAAUCUCAUUAUGAGGAUGACCUUUUUUAAUUUUACUGUAACGACGCAGGACAAUAAGCCAACAUCGCUGAAAAUAUUGUCAGUGUACAAAAAAGGUUUGUACAUUUUAUCAGAUUGAUGAAUUAACUGGCCAAUCAAACUAUUUUAUGACAUGGUCAUAAAAUAACAGCCGUGACGCCAAUUUAAUAUUUCAAAGAUGGUGAUCGUAAAAAGAUGAAGGCCUCACGUGUUCAGUGGAGCCUGUUGUUGUUGUACCGGAGCUGGAAAGUUCUGAAAUAUCAGUAACGGGGUUUUUUUUUUUUUAUAUAUUUAAUGAAUGCCACUUAGAUAUCAAUUAUUGCCAAUGUUAGCCAUUUAAUGUGCUGUUUUCAAUUGAGUGUGCAAAAUGAGAAACAUUUUGUUUUUUAUUUGUGUCAAAUGUCUUAAAAAUAAGCAUCGAUAACAGUUCUUCCUCCUCGAGGUCUGAGUGUACUCGAGCAGACCGGGUCAGUGGGGAUGAUGAGGACGGAGGUGUUUUUUAUUUUCAGUGGUAAAAACCUGUUCUGCCUUGAAAUGUGUUCUGUUCAGGACUCCUUGUUUCCUUUUUGUUUGAUUACGUCGCCGUCUGGUUCAAACCUCACCUGCUUCUGGUUUUUUUUUUUUUUUUUUUUUUUUUUUUUUUUUUUUUCAGGGAAGCUUUAAUUUCUUGAUUUUUCUUCCAAACGUUUUCUCAUCGAGCUUCACGGUUGCAAAGAACCGAAGAGACGUUCAGAGGUUUUAACCAGACGGCGGAGGAUGAUGACGAUGAUGAUGAUGAUUUUGUUUUUCUUAGCAUGAUACAACCUACCUCCACCUGCAGUCUGGCUUGUAAUGUUUGUUUUCUGGUUAAAUAUUGUACAGAUUCUUUUUUUAAACAAAAAAAAUGUAAAUAUUUUUGGUAUCUUAUCAUAAAUUAUUUUAGUCUUUUUUUUUUUUCUUCCUUUUUUUUCUUUGUUCAUUUUGAAUUUGAGGAUUUUAAAAAUGUUCUUUACAAGCAGCACUUUUUUUAAUAUUGAUGUAAUUAAACAAUGAAUGAGAGUU